UUGCCGCCGGGCUGUCAAGCGAGAAACGCGAGAAAAACAUGUCGCUAUCUUCAUAAUAAUUCACAGAAUUUCUUGUUUUCUUUUCACCGCAUUGUGUUUUAAAAAUGGCUCCAGUGUCUUGUGCGUUGCGGACUUGUGGGAUAUUAUUGUAUUUAAUAUUUCAAGUGCAUGCAACGAAGAAUUUUACUGUGGAACCAUGGAUAGUGUCUCUAAAAGUGGAAGCGAAAUCGUGUGUAAAUGUUAAGUGUAAAUAUUCGUUAUUAGUGAACGGUACUGAGUUCUUAGGGCAUUAUUCUUGGAAAUUAACGUCUAUAGAAGGUGCUAGGGGUAGCAGUUGUGAUAAUAUAUAUUCUGAUUACGAGUUAAAUGAGGUGGAAACUACGCAAUUGUAUACGCGAGUUCGUGUCGUGGUGCCGAAUGUAGUUGAAAGAAUCUACUUUUGUUUACGCCAUAGCGAGAAAGAACAUAAUCCGGUCGGCGGUACAUGGGUUCACCAAGGUGGUGAUAUAUUUUUGGAGCCAAGAACCGAUGCUCAGGCGGCCGAAAAUAUGAAUAAAAAAUUAGAGAGUGAAAUCCAAGAGCAGCAGACACACAAUGAUCUCCAAGAGACCAGUACACAAUGGGCCGAUCUAUCCCACGACACCGAUGUCAAUUAUCUACCCGGUCUACCUAGACCAACCAGAGAAGAAGAAAAUGAUAUAGAAGUGUUUAUUAAUGAAAAAUAUGUACCACUUAGUCAUAUAAGCGAUGUAAAUGCUGCAGAAAUAAUAAAUUAUAAUGAUUUUGCCAACGAAAUAGAAACUUUGGAUAGAAAUACACAGGUAAUAACAAACAAUGAUAAUUUUAAAGAAGGUAUAAAUGAAAUAACUAAAGGUUUUAAUGCUAGGGCAAGAAACUAUGAUAAUGGAGAAAGUCAAAGUGAUAUGAACAAUGCAGAAGUUUUUAAUUAUAAUGAUUUUGCAAAUCAGAUACCGAAUAGAAAUACAGAGUCAAUAAUUAAAAAUGAUAAUUUUAAUGAAUUGAACAGUGAAAUAAUCAAUGAAUUUAAUGCUAAACCAAGGGAAGAUAUUAAAAAUAACGUACAAAGUUUUAUCAGUGAUAUUAAUAAUGCAGAAGUUAUAAAUUACGAUACUAACAGAAAUAGAGUACAAGAAAUUGAAAUCGAAACGCUUGAUAGAAAGAAACGUGAAAUAAUUAAACACACAAACACAAAAGAUAGCAUUGAUUCAAUAGAUAACAAGAACUUAAGUGAUGGUAUACAUAACUAUCAUGAUAUCUCUAAAGAUAACACUCAAUAUAGAUUAAAAAGUGAAACUAUAAAAGAUAGUGAGACAUUAAGUGAUGUAAUUAAAAACCAUGAUGAUAUCUCAAAAGAUAACACUCAAUAUACAUUAAAACGUGAAACAAUAAAUGAUAUAAAAGAUAGUGAGGCAUUAAGUGAUGUAAUUAAAAACUAUGAUGAUAUCUCUAAAGAUAACACUCAAUAUACAUUAAAACGUGAAACAAUAAAAGAUAUAAAAGAUAAUGAAACAUUAAGUGAUGUAAUUAAAAACCAUGAUGAUAUCUCAAAAGAUAACACUCAAUAUAGAUUUAAACGUGAAAUAAUCAAGGAUAAUGGCAAAGAAAUAAAAGAUGAUAAGAAAUCAAGUGAUGUGAUACAAAAGAAUGGUGAUGAUAAGAACCUGGUGGUAUCUAAUGCACAAAUGGGUGAUAUUCGUGAUAUAGGUGAUCUAGGGGAGUACCCAAUAGUCAGGGGUGAUGGUUACCCAGUGAUGAUAGAUGGCUUGAGGGUAGAGGAUUCAGAUAAGGAACCGAAGAUCAUUGACAGUGGAAUUCCUAGCGUUUUGGCUGAUAGUAAAUUUGUACUCAGGUUGUUCGGUCAAGGGUUGACACCGCAUACGGUCAUCGCAUUUACCCACGAUAUGCUGCCGUUUGGUCAGCCCUGCAAGUUCCUACUCAAAGGGGAGUAUUUGGCUGCUGAAGGUUCCGUGACCCCAACAUCUGCGCUAUUCGAAAUUAGAGCACCGUCCCCCUUAAUCGAUUCCAAGCUAUACAUAUGCGCCAAAAACCUGAGGCCGGGCGUACAGAACCCAGAACAUGAUGAGGAGAAAUACCUCCACCAAGGCACGGAACCCUGGAAAAUGUUGGCGACACAUAACAAAUUACUACCUUUAUGGGUCUCUAUAUCCCUGAUCCUGACUUGUUUGAUGUUUUCGGCACUAUUUUCUGGGUUAAACCUUGGGUUAAUGUCCCUGGAUAGAACAGAGUUGAAGAUCAUAGCCAAUACUGGCACAGAGGAGGAGAGGAACUAUGCGAAAGCCAUCAUGCCUGUAAGGGACCACGGGAACUAUUUGCUGUGCAGUAUUUUGUUAGGAAAUGUGGCGGUGAAUUCCACGUUCACAAUAUUACUGGACGAGCUAACUUCUGGCUUGUUCGCGGUGAUAUUCUCAACUCUGGCGAUCGUUCUGCUGGGCGAAAUAACGCCUCAGGCGAUUUGCUCGCGGCACGGGCUGAUGGUGGGCGCCAAGAGCAUCAUGAUCACCAAGGCAGUAAUGGCGCUGACAGCCCCGCUGGCUUUCCCGGUCAGCAAAUUACUGGACUACUUCCUUGGAGAGGAGAUUGGUAACGUCUACAACAGGGAGCGCCUCAAGGAGCUAGUCAAGGUAACGACAGGUGUGAACGACCUGGACAAAGACGAGGUAAACAUCAUCUCCGGAGCCCUGGAGAUGCGCAAGAAAACCGUCUCCGACGUGAUGACCAAGCUGGAGGACGUGUUCAUGCUGCCCAUCACGUCCGUGCUCGACUUCGAGACCAUGUCCGAGAUCGUCAAAUCCGGUUUCUCUCGCAUCCCAGUAUACGAGAGCGCUCGCACCAACAUAGUGACGGUGCUCUUCAUCAAGGACCUGGCCUUCGUGGAUCCUGACGACAACACUCCUCUGCGCACGCUGUGCCAGUACUACCAGAACCCCUGCAACUUCGUCUUCGAAGAUGUCACCUUGGAUGUCAUGUUCAAGCAGUUUAAAGAAGGUCACAAAGGUCACAUGGCAUUCGUCCACCGCAUCAACAACGAAGGUGAAGGCGAUCCCUUCUACGAAACCAUCGGUUUAGUCACUCUCGAAGACGUCAUCGAAGAGAUGAUUCAGGCUGAGAUCGUCGACGAAACUGAUGUAUUCACGGACAACAGAUCGAAACGUCGUCGCAACCGCCCUCUGAACAAGUUGCAAGAUUUCGCCGCGUUCGCUGAACGUCACGAAAACCAACGCAUUCAUAUCUCACCGCAACUCACGCUUGCCACUUUCCAGUUCCUUAGCACCAGCGUAGACGCAUUCAAGCCAGAUAUGGUCUCAGAGACUGUUCUACGUCGCUUAUUGAGACAGGACGUCAUACAAUACAUCAAGAUGAAGGGAAAAACCAAAGGCGAGCCUAGCACAUACGUCUUCCAGCAGGGAAAACCGGUGGAUUACUUCGUCCUCAUCCUGGAGGGUCGCGUGGAGGUGACGGUGGGUCGCGAGAACCUCGUGUUCGAAGCCGGACCCUUCACGUACUUUGGGGUUCAGGCCCUCACACAGAACGUUGGAGUUGCGGAAUCCCCCACUCCGUCAGCGAUGGGUUCCCUCCAAAACAUUAACAUGGAAGCGAUGCUACGUCACACGUUUGUACCGGACUACUCCGUCAGAGCCGUCGCCGAUGUCUACUAUCUCACUGUCAAACGGUCGUUGUACUUAGCGGCUAAGAGAGCGACUCUGAUGGAAAAGGGCGCCUUAUCAAAGGGAGCUACUAACGAACAGUUCGACACUGAAGUUGAUAAGCUGCUGGAAUCAGUGGAUGAAGACAUAAGCAUCAGUGGCGAUCACAAGACUCCAUCCCGACAGGUGUCGCCCAACCCGCCCGCGUCCGCGUCGCCUUUGACGCGCGCGUCGUUUGCAUCGCGAAUGUCGCCCGAACGCAACGGCGACGUAUUUGCCGCGCGAGCGACCCACGACGAACAGGAGAAACUACUUAAACAUUAACACCCCAGUUUCAAUAUUUACUAAAAUAUUAAGAAUCCAGUUUCAAUAUUUACCUAAACAUAAAAAGCCCAAUUUCAAUAUCUACUUAAUAAUUAACAGCUCAGUUUCAAUAUUUACCUAAACAUUAAAAGCCCAAGUCUCAAAAUUUACACAAACAUGAAACUACUCAAACAAUUAUCCCAUAAUAGCCCAGUUUCAAUAUUUACUUAAACAGGAAAUUAGCCAAACAUUAACCCAAAAUACCCCAAUUUCAAUAUUUACUUAAAUAUGAAACUACUCAAGCAAUAACCCACAACAGUCCAUUUAAUUUUCUUAUACAUUAAUAACCCAGUUUCAAUAUUUACUUAAAUAUGAAACUACUCAAGCAAUAACCCACAACGGUCCAGUUUAAAUAUUUGCUUAAACAUUAAUAGUCCAGUUUCAAUAUUUACCUAAACAUUAAGACCCCAGUUUCAAUAUUUAUCUUAACAUUAACAGCCUAGUUUCAAUA